AUGAAAGUCGAAAACGAUUGUAGUGAUACGGACGAAAGUUAUCUUGAUGUUGACGGUGAUGAACGAAACGAAAUUCUUGGCGAUGAGGAUGUUGGGAAACAUGAUUUGGGAAUUGAAGAAGAUGGGUUUCCGGAAAUGAGGCCAAGAGAUUUUAAUGAUGGAAGUUCUUGA